GCUUCGGCCUCCGGAUUCCGUCACUCGUGCCGCUGCCGCUGCCGCCCGAGGCUGGUCGGUGACCGGCGACGGAUGGGCGAAGGCGGCAACCAUGAUGCCCGGGGAGACCCCGCCCGCGGCGGCCGCAGCGGGGAUCGCGGCGGAGGCGGCCACGGCCUGCGCCAACUGCGGGGCCCUCCAGCAGGUAGGGAGCGAAACCGGGGGCUUGUGGUAGGCUUCUGAAUUCAGGCCGGUGCCCUGGAACGUGCCUUGGGGCAUGGGAAGAGUUCCCUGUUCGGUGCCUUUGAGCAUGUGAAGAGUUCCCUGUUCAGUGUCUUGGGGCAUGUGAAGAGUUCCCUGUUCAGUGCCUUGGGGCAUGUGAAGAGUUCCUUGUUCAGUGCCUUGGGGCAUGUGCAGAGUUCCCUGUUCAGUGCCUUGGGGCGUGUGCAGAGUUCCCUGUUCAGUGUCUUGGGGCAUGUGAAGAGUUCCCUGUUCAGUGCCUUGGGGCAUGUGAAGAGUUCCUUGUUCAGUGCCUUUGAGCAUGUGAAGAGUUCCCUGUUCAGUGCCUUGGGGCAUGUGCAGAGUUCCCUGUUCAGUGUCUUGGGGCAUGUGAAGAGUUCCCUGUUCAGUGCCUUGGGGCAUGUGAAGAGUUCCCUGUUCAGUGCCUUGGGGCAUGUGAAGAGUUCCCUGUUCAGUGCCUUGGGGCAUGUGAAGAGUUCCUUGUUCAGUGCCUUUGAGCAUGUGAAGAGUUCCCUGUUCAGUGCCUUGGGGCAUGUGAAGAGUUCCCUGUUCAGUGCCUUGGGGCAUGUGAAGAGUUCCCUGUUCAGUGCCUUGGGGCAUGGGAAGAGUUCCCUGUUCGGUGCCUUUGAGCAUGUGAAGAGUUCCCUGUUCAGUGUCUUGGGGCAUGUGAAGAGUUCCCUGUUCAGUGCCUUGGGGCAUGUGAAGAGUUCCUUGUUCAGUGCCUUGGGGCAUGUGCAGAGUUCCCUGUUCAGUGCCUUGGGGCGUGUGCAGAGUUCCCUGUUCAGUGUCUUGGGGCAUGUGAAGAGUUCCCUGUUCAGUGCCUUGGGGCAUGUGAAGAGUUCCUUGUUCAGUGCCUUUGAGCAUGUGAAGAGUUCCCUGUUCAGUGCCUUGGGGCAUGUGCAGAGUUCCCUGUUCAGUGUCUUGGGGCAUGUGAAGAGUUCCCUGUUCAGUGCCUUGGGGCAUGUGCAGAGUUCCCUGUUCAGUGUCUUGGGGCAUGUGCAGAGUUCCCUGUUCAGUGCCUUGGGGCAUGUGAAGAGUUCCUUGUUCAGUGCCUUUGAGCAUGUGAAGAGUUCCCUGUUCAGUGCCUUGGGGCAUGUGAAGAGUUCCUUGUUCUGUGCCUUGGGGCAUGUGAAGAGUUCCCUGUUCGGUGCCUUGAGACAUGUGAAGAGUUCCCUGUUCAGUGCCUUGGGGCAUGUGAAGAGUUCCCUGUUCAGUGCCUUGGGGCAUGUGAAGAGUUCCCUGUUCAGUGCCUUGGGGCAUGUGAAGAGUUCCCUGUUCGGUGCCUUUGAGCAUGUGAAGAGUUCCCUGUUCAGUGUCUUGGGGCAUGUGCAGAGUUCCCUGUUCAGUGCCUUGGGGCAUGUGAAGAGUUCCUUGUUCAGUGCCUUGGGGCAUGUGCAGAGUUCCCUGUUCAGUGCCUUGGGGCGUGUGCAGAGUUCCCUGUUCAGUGUCUUGGGGCAUGUGAAGAGUUCCCUGUUCAGUGCCUUGGGGCAUGUGAAGAGUUCCUUGUUCAGUGCCUUUGAGCAUGUGAAGAGUUCCCUGUUCAGUGCCUUGGGGCAUGUGCAGAGUUCCCUGUUCAGUGUCUUGGGGCAUGUGAAGAGUUCCCUGUUCAGUGCCUUGGGGCAUGUGCAGAGUUCCCUGUUCAGUGUCUUGGGGCAUGUGCAGAGUUCCUGUUCAGUGCCUUGGGGCAUGUGAAGAGUUCCUUGUUCAGUGCCUUUGAGCAUGUGAAGAGUUCCCUGUUCAGUGCCUUGGGGCAUGUGAAGAGUUCCUUGUUCUGUGCCUUGGGGCAUGUGAAGAGUUCCCUGUUCGGUGCCUUGAGACAUGUGAAGAGUUCCCUGUUCAGUGCCUUGGGGCAUGUGAAGAGUUCCCUGUUCAGUGCCUUGGGGCAUGUGAAGAGUUCCCUGUUCAGUGCCUUGGGGCAUGUGAAGAGUUCCCUGUUCAGUGCCUUGGGGCAUGUGAAGAGUUCCCUGUUCAGUGCCUUGGGGCAUGUGAAGAGUUCUCUGUUCAGUGCCUUUGAGCAUGUGAAGAGUUCCCUGUUCGGUGCCUUUGAGCAUGUGUUCCCUGUUCAGUGCCUUGGGGCAUGUGAAGAGUUCCCUGUUCAGUGCCUUGGGGCAUGUGAAGAGUUCCUUGUUCAGUGCCUUUGAGCAUGUGAAGAGUUCCCUGUUCGGUGCCUUUGAGCCUGUGAAGAGUUCCCUGUUCAGUGCCUUGGGGCAUGUGAAGAGUUCUCUGUUCAGCGCCUUUGAGCCUGUGAAGAGUUCCCUGUUCAGUUCCUUGGGGCAUGUGAAUAGUUCCUUGUUCUGUGCCUUUGAACAUGUGUUCCCUGUUCAGUGCCUUGGGGCAUGUGAAGAGUUUCCUGUUCAGUGCCUUGGGGCAUGUGAAGAGUUCCCUGUUCAGUGCCUUGGGGCAUGUGAAGAGUUCCCUGUUCAGUGCCUUGGGGCAUGUGAAGAGUUCCCUGUUCAGUGCCUUGGGGCAUGUGAAGAGUUCCCUGUUCAGUGCCUUGGGGCAUGUGAAGAGUUCCUGGUUCUGUGCCUUUGAGCAUGUGUUCCCUGUUCAGUGCCUUGGGGCAUGUGAAGAGUUCCCUGUUCAGUGCCUUGGGGCAUGUGAAGAGUUCCCCGUUCUGUGCCUUUGAACAUGUGAAGAGCUCCAUGUUCAGUGCCCUGGGUCGUGCCUCGGGGCAUGUAAAGAGCUCCUUUUGGACCUGCCUGAUUAGGAGCUGCUCACAUACUCUUGCAUGUGUUGUGCAAAUGCUAGAUUUCCAGGCAGCUUUGGAGCUGGAGCAACGUUGAAGCCUCAGCGUGUAUUUAUUUCCCCCAUCAAAUCUAAUUCACCGCUGUUUCACGAACUUCGAAAACAAGUGUCACUUUCCAUAUAUCAUUUUGCUGUGUGGUCUGUUAAUAAAAGAACGUACUGUGGAAUGAUGUAUAAAAAGAUUGUUUGAAUUGAAUUGAAUUGUUUUAGUGAGGGGAAAGCACAUUAGUCAAAUUAAAGUGGACUGUGGCUAAAUCGGUCUAUCAGGUUUCGAUAACAUUUUCUGUUAGAUAAUGAAGUUUACAUUGUGGUCUUUCCUAAGCAGCCCAGUAAACAUUUUUGAAUACACGUUUAUUCAUUUGCUGAGACUACUUUGACUUGCUUGUGAUCUGCCCUUAUUUUGUUUAAAGGGCCUAUUGGUGAUUUGAACUUAGAGGAUUGGGUAGGUUUCUUGGUAAUUUUUUAUGUUGUUAGUCAUUCCCUGAAAAUAAAUAUAGCUUUAAAAUAUAUGUGUAUGCAGUGAGAAAUACAGUUGUAAACUCCUGUAAUCUAAGGAACCUAUUUUGGCUUUUGCUACUGGGAAAACAGGACUAAAAUAAGCCCCCCCCCCCCCAAAAAAAAAAAAAUGGGAGGGGGGAAACUAUUAGUGCUGUUGUAAACAAAAACAAAACUUUUAUUAUCUCAACGUUAUUGUACAGAACACCAUAAAAUUAAGUAACAGCAAACUUUUCAAUACACACAAAGUAAGGUUGCAGUCCUAAAUACCUGGAGUAAGCCCCCCUAAACACAUUGGGACUUGCUUCUUAGUUAACACUUUCAGCCUGAUCAUUUGCAUAUUCUGCUAACAAUAGACAAAGUCCGCUACCCUAAACUCAUAUAUAAUUACUUUAUAUGCUAUUCAAUUUUAGUAAGUAAUAUAUCUUUGAAAUUCUAGUAUAACUCAGUACCAUUUUCCUAAUUGCACCAUUGUCUGAAAGAGCCAUAGCUUCCUGAACAUAAAGGUUUUAAUGUGAUCAUUGCUUCCCAUUGCUGUGACUUUGAAAUCCAUUCGUGAAAUUCCAUUGCUUGCUGCAAAGUGAGAACGAGUGAAAGAACAUAUUUGUGUUUGUGCAUGUAUAUGUCAGCCGAAGGAGAAAGCCUUCUGAGGUACAGUUUAGCAUAGGAAUUUGUAGUACAGCUCACCUAUUUUUCCUUCGUCCCUUAAUUGUAGUUUGUAGAAUAUCACAACUCUACAGUGUUUGCAGGUAUGUUACAUCACCCUUUCCUGCAAGUUUUGCUGACCCUUCAAAGGAUUCUCUUCUUCCCAAGGACCUUAUGCUACUUGUUCUUCCAUAGCAAAUUUUAUAGGAAGCCUGUCUUCAUUGACAACUCUGGGAAUCACCGCUGUAUAACAGGAAGAGGGCAAGCUGUCCAUACCUCAAAUAGAAGCUAUAUCCAAAAUGCUAGAAAGCUGCAGUUUGGCUUUGAGGUUCUUGCAUCUAUCAUAUUUGAUAAAGUAAAGGUAAAGGGACCCCUGACCAUUAGGUCCAGUAGUAGUUGACUCUAGGGUUGCGGCGCUCAUCUCGCUUUACUGGCCGAGGGAGCCAGUGUACAGCUCCCGGGUCAUGUGGCCAGCAUGACUAAGCCGUUUCUGGCGAACCAGAGCAGCGCACGGAAACGCCGUUUACCUUCCCGCUGGAGCGGUGCCUAUUUAUCUGCUUGCACUUUGACGUGCUUUCGAACUGCUAGGUUGGCAGGAGCAGGGACCGAGCAACGGGAGCUCUCCCCGUUGUGGGGAUUUGAACCGCCGACCUUCUGAUCGGCAAGUCCUAGGCUCUGUGGUUUAACCCACAGCGCCACCCGCGUCCCUAUCAUAUUUGAUACCUCACUGUAAAAUAUGAGUUGAUGGAUGGCAUAGCUGAUCACUUGUCUCAGAGGGAGAUAUAUAGGCAUGCGUCUUCACAUUCUCAACUGUUUUUCAUAUGAGCGAUCUGGGUAUUUAUUUUUUAAAAAAACACAUUCAGGUGCUAUAGAAAUGUUCUGGCAAAUUGUGGAUAAAGCAAGCUAUGAGGCAUUCCAGGAACCUAUUGUAGUCCUUAGCUGAUACCAGAUUACUUGAGAGGCUGCCUUAUACACCCAGUAGAACACUGCAGUCUACAAGGGAGUUUCUCCUUCAAGUCCCAAAUAUCUCAGAAACCCUCUCCACAGUAACACACAGCAGGGCUACCCCUGUUCUGUGGAGAAGCAUUCUUGUUGAGACAGGUACCCAGUAUCUGCACUUUUCAGAAGCAGCUCCCCAAACUUUGUGAGUGUCCACUUGCUAAGAUUUAGUCUCAUUUUAAAAAUAUUUGUUGUUUUUGUGUUUUUAACUAUUUACUGUAUUUCAUAAAAUUUAUACACUGCCUCAUUGUAAAAAAAAACCCACACAAACCAAAGCAGUUUACAGAAAGAUAACACAAUAAAAUCAAGAAUAAUUCAUAUCCAUGGUUUAAAAGAUACAAAAGUUAAAAAAACCAAAAAUGGAUUAAAAUCACCUCAACUUUCUAAGUAUCUGGGUAGCCUUGUCUAAAACAGGAAUGUUUUUAGCAGACAUGGAAUUUGUAAAUUGUCUUAUCUUAUGUGUAAAUUGCCUUGAGACAGUGAUUUAGAAGGCGAUUAAUAAAUGGUUGUUGGCAUCUGUCUCAGGAGACAAUGGAUGCUCCUCCAGGGGUGAAGUCAAACUGCAUCACUAAACUGACCUCCCCGGAGCACAAACCUGGGCAGUGUGUAUGGGGGGAGCUUGGGGGGCCUAGAUGACACAACCCUUGUUGAUGGGGUCCGAACAAAAGCAGAGCAGUACGUUUGGCACCAGCUUAGGUGCAGGAGUUGCAUAGGUGCAUAGCUGUCAACUUUUCCCUUUUCUUGAGAGGAAUCCUAUUCGGUAUAAGGGAAUUUCCCUUAAAAAAAGGGAAACGUUGACAGCUAUGUGCCGGAAGGUAGCAGACAUGACACCAUCCAACUGUCUUAGGGACUCCACUCUGGAUUUCUGGAGGGUUUACUCCUUAGCCUUCUCCUUAGCCUUCUCUGCUGCCACAAGGAAGCAGAGGUUUAGGACUAGAGUGUUCUUUCUCCUAAAUGGUCUACUUUCCCAGGUUGAUGAGCCCCACGCACCCCUCGCUUCCCUCUACAACAUGUGCAGAAACCAUCUUCUUGACUGUUGGACCCGCGAUUGGUCUCAUCCACACAAUCCGCCAGAGCAUGCAGGGGAAGUCCCUAACUCACAGAGGGUUUGAGGCCCAUUGGCUCCCCUCACCUGGUUUAGCUGGCCAGCUGAAGCCGUUUCCUGGGAUUAUGGCCGCUGUCCCAUGCUGGCAGCUUCUAGGAGAUACAGCUGAGAGCUGAGUGCAGGGUGGGGACCAAAGGUGGACAAACUACCCCAGAAGGAACACAACAUGUCCUCCCCUAGCUACACCUCCCCUAACACCCCAUACACCCCAAUUAAUUUAUUUAAAAAUUGUAAUAAUAAAAGAUUACUACCAAUAAUAAUAGUGGUACAGUGGUGCCUCGCAAGACGAAAUUAAUUCGUUCCGCGAGUUUUUUCGUCUAGCGAAUUUUUCGUCUUGCGAAGCACCAUAGGAAUGCAUUGAAAUUCAAUUAAUGCGUUCCUAUGGUCAAAAAAAGUCCAAUCAAAGCCAAAUUUGGUACAACAAUAGUUUAUUAACUGCUCUUUAAAGUCACACAUACUUUAAAGAGCAUAUCAAAAAUUGAAGGAACAAUAAAUUAAGUUUCUAAACAUGACAGAAAAACAUUCAAAAAUCAACAAAGUGUACUGUACAUACAUUUUCUAAGACUCUGGGGGACCACUCGAAGAAGGCUCCUCUUCCACUCUUUGCUUCUUGCUGAGGAACCUGUCCAUGGUCUGCUGCUUCAUCCGCCUUUUCAGCAGCUCCCUGAGAGGCAACAUGACCGUCGUAUCAAAAGUGUUCGCUUGGUCAUGUGCCACGUGCUUGUUAGGGUGGUGCCGCUCUGCAAAAGCCUGCACCUCCUUCCACUUCUGGCAAAUGUCCCUCAGUUCUUUGGAGGACGGCCGUUCCUCAGUUGCUUCCUCCUCUUCCAGCGAGGCCUGCUCCUGCGCAACCUCUGACUGCAGUUCAACCAGCUCCUGGGUGGUCAGCUCGUGGUCGUGCUCCUCCACCAGCUCGCAGACGUCCUCCUCUGUGACCUCCAGGCCCAUGGUCCUCCCCAAGGCAACAAUGUCCUGCACCACUGUUGACUCUGGUGCAUCAGAGUCACUUGGUGCCACACAGUCCGGCCACAGGCUGCGCCAAGCGCAAUUCAAAUUUCUUUGGCUGAUCCCGUUCCAGGCCGUGGUGAUCAUCUUCAAGCAGGUGAUGAUGUCGAAGUGGUCCUUCCAGAAUUCCCGCAGGGUGAUGGUGGUGCAAUCAGUCACCUCGAAGCAUCGCCUGAAAAGCUCCUUGGUGUAGAGUUUUUUGAAAUUGGCGAUGACCUGCUGAUCCAUCGGCUGGAGCAGUGGCGUGGUGUUAGGCGGCAGGAACAUGAUGUUGAUGAAGCUGAACUCCUCCAACAAGUCCACCUCAAGGCCUUUAGGAUGAGCAGGAGCAUUGUCCAUCAGAAGCAAAGCCUUCAGCGGCAGGUCGUUGUCCAGCAGGUACUGUUUGACAGCAGGGCCAAAAGCAGGAUUGACCCAGUCCACAAACAGCACACGUGUGACCCAAGCCUUACUGUUGGAUCGCCACAUGACACUCAGCCGCUCCUUGUCAACCUUGUGUUUCUUGAAGGCCCGUGGGUUCUCCGAGUGGUACACCAGCAGGGGCUUGAUCUUCAGGUCGCCGCUUGCGUUGGCACAGAAGAGCAGGGUCAGGCGGUCCUUCAUGGGCUUGUGGCCAGGCAACUUGGCCUCCUCUUGUGUGAGGAAAGUCCUUUUGGGCAUCCUCUUCCAAAACAGCCCAGUCUCGUCGCAGUUGAAGACCUGCUGUGGAAUGUAGCCCUCUGUCUUCACAGCCUCCAGGAACUCCAAGGCAAAGUCUUCAGCCGCAGGAACAUCAGAACUGGCAGCCUCUCCAUGCCUGACCACGCUGUGGAUUCCAGAUCUUGCCUUGAACCGGUCAAACCAGCCUCUGCUUGCCUUGAAGACUUCUGGCUUGCCUGAGGUUCUUGGCUGUUCCCGGAUGAGGUCUGCGUGCAAGGCCUUGGCCUUCUCACAAAUGACGGCCUCAGUCACUGUGUCCCCUGCACGCUGCUUCUCUUCUAACCAGAUGAGCAGCAACUUCUCGACCUCCUCCAGAACAGCUGGGCGGUUCUUCACGAUCCUGGUGACUCCCUUGGCUGCAUCAGUCGCAAGGAUCUUCUCCCUCAUCUUCAGGAUGGUCCCGAUGGUCGAUGGGUUCCUGCCGUACUCCCUGGCGAGGUCCGUCACACGCAUUCCACCGUUGUGCUUCCAGAUGAUCUCCUUCUUCAUUUCCAGCGUCACCUUCUCCUUCUUCCUCUCGCCGGCCUCCGCAGCAACAGCAGUCUUCUUGGGUCCCAUGGCAGUACAGCUCUUACCUUUGUAAACUCAGAAAAAGAAAAAGAAAAUCAGCAAUUCAAACCCAGAACCAAGUCCUUGAAUUCCAAACACCCAACCCAAAAUCCAAAAACCCCAAAAAAAGUUUUAAAAGUUUAACUUACUAAAUGGCUGCAAAUCACCAAAGUCUUCAGAAUCCUCAAAUGGCUGCAAAAGAAGUUUUGGGAAAGCUUUAAAAAUCACCAAAGUCUUCAAAAACCUCAACUGUUCCCCCAGCCCCUCCCCAACUGUUGCAAACCCCUCCUCAACUGUUCCCCCAUCCACCCAGCACACAGAAAUUCAAACCCAGAAAUUUUUUCAAAAAAAAACAACAUGGCCCAAUGGUCACAGAAAACCAUAAAAAUUCAAAAAAAAACCCACACAAGCUUCCAGAUUCUUGCAAACCCCUCCCCAACUGUUGCAAACCCCUCCUCAACUGUUCCCCCAUCCACCCAGCACACAGAAAUUCAAACCCAGAAAUUUUUUCAAAAAAAACCAACAUGGCCCAAUGGUCACAGAAAACCAUAAAAAUUCAAAAAAACCCACACAAGCUCCCAGAUUCUUGCAAACCCCUCCCCAGCUGUUCCCCCAGCCACCCAGCACACAGAAAUUCAAAACCCAGAAAAUUUUUUUUUAAAAAAACAACAUGGCCCAAUGGUCACAGAAGACCAUAAAAAUUCAAAAAAAACCACACAAGCUCCCAGAUUCUUGCAAACCCCUCCCCAGCUGUUCCCCCAUCCACCCAGCACACAGAAAUUCAAACCCAGAAAUUUUUUCAAAAAAAACCAACAUGGCCCAAUGGUCACAGAAAACCAUAAAAAUUCAAAAAAAAACCCCACACAAGCUCCCAGAUUCUUGCAAACCCCUCCCCAACUGUUCCCCCAGCCACCCAGCACACAGAAAUUCAAACCCAGAUUUUUUUUUCAAAAAAAAAUAAACAUGGCCCAAUGGUCACAGAAAAUCAUAAAAAUGCAGAAAAAACCACACAAGCUCCCAGAUUCUUGCAAACCUCUCCCCAACACCAAGUCCUUGAAUUCUAAACACCCCAACCCAAAAUCCAAAAAACCCCCAAAAAGUUUUAAAAGUUUAACUUACCAAACAGCUGCAAAAGAAGUUUUGGAAAAGCUUCAAAAUUUCAGCAAACUCUUUAAAAAGCUCAAAAAGGCCACCACACCGCGUGCAAUGUGUUGCUCCUCGAAGUCAAGUCGCAACUGCACCUCUUCCAGCAAUGCACCCUGGGUUUUAACGGUUUUACGAAAAAGGAAACAAACUUGCAAGACGUUUUCAUCUUGCGAAGCAAGCCCAUAGGGAAAUUCGUCUUGCGAAGCAACUCGAAAACGAAAAAACCUUUCGUCUUGCGAGUUUUUCGUCUUGCGAGGCAUUCGUCUUGUGGGGCACCACUGUAUGUUGCAAGGGUGAUUUCAGAGGGUUGGGGAGGAAAAGAUAACUAACCCAAGUCUAUAAAAUCAAGUGAGCACCACCAUAAUCCGAUAUGCAUAUUCAGAAGUAAGCCCAGUUGAGUUCAGUGGGACUCAGCACUGGAGAAGUUGCAGUAAGAUCACAACCUAAGGCUGUAGUUGUAAUCCCACUUACCUGAGAGUAAGCCCCAUUGGAAUCAGUAGCAUUUACUUAUGGGUAGACAUAGUUAGGAUUGUGCUGUAAGAGACUUCAAAGUCAUUGUGGGUAGCUCACUGAAAAUACUGAUUUAGGGCCGUGAGUCCUUUAAAGAAAUAUGCAGCGGAACUUGUCACAGAAGGUAGAGAGAAGGAAAACAGAAAAGGAUCAAGACGAUUGAAUAAUUCAAACCCAGUAAAAUUUGGAUGGAACUGCUUGAGAUAAUAUAUACAAGUAGGAAAUGUUUAUGGGCUCACUUCCUGCUCACGCAUACCUAUUUCAAGGAUUUGUAACACAUCAACAAUUUGAAAGGAGAAGAAAGUAUCUUCCAAUGAACAAAGUCUUCCCUACUUGGUCACCUGGUGAUGAUUCUUACUUGCUGUAACCAAGCCGGCAAACAGUGAUCUACAAGCCUGCCUGAAUAUGAGACAUAUAGUCACAAAUAGCUUUAAAAACUCUAUUGUGAUUGCUUGUUGCUUUCAUACUUGAAAAAGAAGGUGCCCACAACUCCUAAUCCAUCUUGUCCCUGACAUUUUGAAAUAUGUUUUAAACCACACUAUAUGAUGCUGCUGAACAAAUAGAUUUCAAAUCCUUCUCACAUUCCGUUUAAAUUAAUUUUACUUAAUUCUUAAAGAUGCUCAGGUUCCAAGUUUCCCACCAAAUGUUAGGAAACCUGUUGAAAAUUGGCCAGGAAAGGAGCACAAUAACAUAACUGCCAGCAUCAAAACUCGGGAACGACUCUUCCCCACCAAACUCUAAAAGUGUGGCAAAAAAGAUGAGCUUUUGCCUGGUGUCUAAACGAAUAUAAAGUGAGGGCAAGACAAGCCUUCGAAAGGAAGGUCAUUCUACAAAUGCAGAGCUACCACUGAAAAGGCUAAACUUGGGUUUGUAUAUUCUAAUGCUUAAAGGUAAAGGGACCCCUGACAAUUAAGUCCAGUCGUGAAUGACUCUGGGGUUGCGGCGCUCAUCUCACUUUAUUGGCCAAGGGAGCCGGCGUACAGCUUCCAGGUCAUGUGGCCAGCAUGACUAAGCCACUUCUGGCGAACCAGAGCAGUGCACGAAAUGCCGUUUACCUUCCCGCCGGAGUGGUACCUAUUUAUCUACUUGCACUUUGACGUGCUUUCAAACUGCUAGGUUGGCAGGAGCAGGGACCGAGCAACGGGAGCUCACCCCAUUGCAGGGAUUCGAACUUCCAACCUUUCGAUCAGCAAGCCCAAGCGGCACAGUGGUUUAACCCACAGCGCCACCCGCGUCCCUUAUUCUAAUGCUUAGGAUAUGCCUAAAAUUCCUAAUUUCUGGGCACCUGGGGCAUGGAGCUCUGUCCACUGCUUCUUUUUUUAAUUUAGGUACUGUAAAUAUACUAAGCUUAUUCGGGUUCUUUUCCCUUUUAAUUUUUUUAUUUAAAAAAAAAUCAUCUAAGUGAUUUUUACAUAUUCAUUUGCCACCUGCUUCAUCUUGUCUGUGAUUGCAUUGCCUUUCAGUUUCCCUACUUUUUUGCUGUCUGCAGACUAAAGGUUCCUAACAUGUUCCCAGUUUGGGUAGUACGAACUUAAAAUAUAUUAUUGGAGUGUGGGGGCUGUAUUUCCUUAACUGGCUUCUACAAUUUUUUCUUUCAGAAUUUAAACGAAUACGUAGCUGCCCUAAUUGCAUUAAAGCAAAAGAUCAUUGAUACUGAGUAAGUACGUUGUCACCAUUUUUGCACAAAUGUAUUUUUCGCCUGUGUAUGCAUAACAACUGUUUUCAUUUUUCCGUUCUUGUGCACAGCUUGAUUGCUUUCAAUUUUAUUCAAACCCAAUGGGAGUAAAAUCCCCUGCUCUGCAAAAUUGCAUUCAGUAUGGCCCUGAUGCAGUGAAGCAGCAGCAGAAGAAGAAGAGUUUGGAUUUGAUAUCCCGCCUUUCACUCCCUUUAAGGAGUCUCAAAGCGGCUAACAUUCUCCUUUCCCUUCCUCCCCCACAACAAACACUCUGGGAGGUGAGUGGGGCUGAGAGACUUCAGAGAAGUGUGACUAGCCCAAGGUCACCCAGCAGCUGCAUGUGGAGGAGCGGAGACGCGAACCCGGUUCACCAGAUUACGAGACUACCGCUCUUAACCACUACACCACACUGGCUCCCUUUUAACCACUUUUAACUCGCUUUUAACCACUACACCACACAGGACUGCAGGAGUUCUCGUAGUCCACAAAGGCGCUGUGUUGGGGAAGGACUAUAAAUGGGCAAACAUUGAUUCAGGUAGCACAUCAUGCUAAGCUAAAGAUGACUUAGCACGAGCACACAGGCUACUGAAGAGAAGGUGACAACAAUUGCCCUCUUCCUGCUGUUGUGCUGCCCAGAGCAAAGCCAUGGUUUGGCGUAGUGUGGCAUAUAUGGUACAAGAUGUAAACCAGGAGCAGACCUUGGUUACGGCUCGUGGUUUGUCUGGAGUGAGCCAGUCCAUGAGCUUGGGUUUGGAUAACACACUGAGAGCCAAACCAUAUCUUACUUCCAGGUAGCCCUCACUGAUAACCCACACACUUACACUAAGGCAUGGUUUGGCUUUACAUUAUGUGCGACCAUACUGUAUGUGCAACGUAUUAUCUAUAUUGGUGUGAGAAGUGGAAGGACAUGUUACAUUUUUUAAAUAAAUCAAUCUGAUUUUUUAUAGUAAUGUGAGAAAGCAUAUCUGCCCUUGCUAACUAAUCUAUAAAGCACAGAGAUCAGUUUCAGUAUGCACCAGGCGCAAUAAUAUUUCAUGUAUUUGUUUGUUCAGCAUGGACCUGCAUUUAAUUCUCCCCCCCCCCCUUCUCUCUCUUACAGCCACUUGCUGACAGAAUACCAGCAAAAGUGCAACGAUAUCCUUUUGCGUUUCUUUUCCUAGGAAAUAAAUUGAAUGUGUAUUGCUUGGAGCAAAGCACUGUUGUGGGAAAUCUAAAGUGGUGGUAGGGUGUGUUUAAGUGUUAGAACUUUAUGAUACAUAGUGAGCAUGUCUGUACUGGGUGGCGGAACUGCACACCCUACAGAUGUUGUUGAAAAGGUAGCAACUUUGUGACUUGAAAUCUUGGUGGCGUAAUUUGCCAAGGCUCAGAUUACCCUGAGUUGCAUCAGGCAGCAGUACACAGGUAGGGAACAGCAGCCACAGUGUCCUUGACAGAAAGGAGGCAUCCCGUUUCCUUGGCAACGGGAACAGCUUUUGUGAACAUUAUGUGAAAGAGGCUUCUGUAACUGAAGCCGCUAGUGUAUCCUGACCCCGUCUUUCACUGUCAUGCUAAAGCCUGAAGGUUGCUGCUUUGAGGUUAAUUUUUUAAUAUUUGGGGGCAAGUGCUUAGGAACAAGUCUUGUUGGGCUUUCAUUGAAAAAUGCAUACAUGCUGGGGAAAAAACCAGGCUCCUAACUGCACAGAUUGAAAGGGAAAAUCCAGAGUGUGCAAGCUCAAUAUAUUCAUCAUAACCAGCACUUCAUUUUGUUUGUUUGUUAGGUAUGUAUAAUAUGUGUAUAAUACUGCUGAAGGCGGUUAACAGAGUAAAAUACAAAGGAUAAAAUGGGAACAGCAUAAAAGAAGGUAAAACUGAUAAAAACAACAUCCAAUUGAGCAAACUGCAAAUCAUAACAAGUCAGCUUAUGGGACCAAAAGUCUGUCUGGAUAAAAAUGCUUUUUGCGUGUCAGCAGAAGAUCAUCAGAGAAAAUGUUUCUCCUGUUGUAGGUGUAGUUUGUAGGUAGACCCCCAAGUCUACAGAGGCUCAAAUCUUGCAUGUGAGAUUGCCAGACGAUGGUAGGAAAAAUUAAGCAUGCAAAGACAAGCUGCCGUUCACACAGAUGGUAAAAGCAAACUCAACCAUUGACAUGUCAGGUUCUGCUCUGUACAGUUCUCAAGUUCUUGGGCCCUUGAGAGUGAUAAUAAAAUAUCUUGUUCGUGCUUCCUUCGAGGCAAGACAUCAAAUACAUCCUUUUCGUACAUGAAUAUUGCUAUCAGACUCAUAAGAAAUGCCUCUGAGGCACAGUGGGUUUUGUUGAUGUGUAACUGUGGCCAUUGAGCUAAUCUCUGCAUUUCAGGUUUUCUUUAACCAGAUAUCACAGCUUCAAUUUGCUGUAAGGUAAGAACUCAUUCUGCUUGAAUUCUGACGCUGUGCCCACGGCUUUGGUCUUGGGAGUUAUCACUGCUUGAUGAAUCUCUGGGUGUUAAUAAUUUGUUCUACUGUACUUUGUCUGCUCCCUGUGACAAAAGAGUGAGGUGCUGAGAAUAGUUUUUAAUCAAAUAUGUUUGAGAGUGCAAUGGGAUAUUAUAAGGACAUUUUGGUUUGUGUUUGCUAUGUGGCUUGGGCCAUGGUGGGAGGGCAUGGGGCUACUGUGACUUUGUGUCCACGGAGACAGUAAGAUAUUGCAUGCAAGUCUCUUGCUUCGUUUCCACUUCUGUUAUAUUAAUUGCCCCGUUUCAGAGAAAAUGACACACUUCGUCACCAAGUGGAGCAAAUGCUGCAGAAAAUCUUGCCUCUAGAAAAGUGUCAGGAGGAGCUGGGAUCUGUGAAAGCAGAGCUGGAGGAGAAGAAGGUAAUUAGAAAAUAUUUAGAAAGAAAGUGGUGAGGCCUGCUUUGAGACAUCUGGAUUGCCUAUCCCUGAGUGAGGGUUUGCACAAGAGUGACCUUAAGAAGGUAGCUGGAGGGUUGUUCUGUAAUCCCUUCAUGCAGGGAAGGGGAGCUUCAGACCCACAGGACUAACUGAUUAACCCCUCCAGGCCUCCCCAUUUGGCCCAUGAGAACAUCUUUUUAUUCUGAAAUAUUCUGGCCCUCAAACAGAGGGAGGAACGAAGCAGUGGAGCCAAUGGAGCUCGUUCUUACCUUGGCAUGCCAGCGCUGGCAGCAGAGAGACUCCCUCUGUCACCAGCACCCGGUGUGCGGAGGACAGAGCUGUAUCUGGCCAAUGGAGCUCAUUCUUCCCUCGGCGCCUCCCCUUUUCAACUAUUUCAAGCUAAUAUCGCCCAGCCCUAGUAGGCAUCAGGGCCAGAGUCUUUUUAGUGGUGGUUCCACAGCUGUGGACACCCCUUCUCCUGCAACCUUAUUUAGUGUAUGUCUUCUCACUUUCGCAAUGCUGUUUCAUGAUAUUAGGAAUCAAUGCAUUAGCUAUAAGAAAAUAAUUGUUUAUUUGCAUGUCUGUAUUUUAAUCACUAUCUGUUUCUUUAACUAGAGUUCACUCAAGAUAUACCAGGAAACUCAUCUGGAAUAUGUUCGGGUGAAAGAUGAAAUGAACAAAAGUGACACGAUGUGAGUCAUAUAAAGGAACCAAAUAGUGAAUUUAUACUAUUUUUCACCUUUGCAGUUAGAUGAAAAGGUCUUCUAUGUUCAGAUUAUAGUAAUGUUUGCGGGGAAAGAGAGGGAAUUAAGAACUCUCUCAGUGUAGGAAUUAAUCAUAUGCUACCGUAUUUUUCGCUCCAUAAGACAUACCUGAGUAUAAGAUGCACCUAGUUUUUAGAGGGGGAAUGCCAGAAAAAAAAUAUUCUUUAAAGGGCUGCCCUCUGUCCCUUCCCCCACCUCUCGCAAAAGCCGUGCUCCCUUUAAAAAGCGUGCGGAGCAUGUGUGCGGCUCUUGGGGGCUUUUCCCCGAGGAGGGACUGAUGGGCUGCCCUUCUCCCUCCUCAGGGAAAAGCCCCCAAAAGCCACACACACACUCCACACUGCUCUUCAAAGGGAGCGCUGAGCAGAGCCUCCCGCCUGCAUUCGCUCCAUAAGACACACAUACAUUCCCCCUUACUUUUUAGGAGGGAAAAAGUGUGUCUUACGGAGCAAAAAAUACGGUACUUCUUGUUGUUAGGGCCACAUAGCCAGUACUGAAACACAAAACCAUAUUAGGUGGUGUUUCGGGGAGGGGGAGCCUAGCGGUCCAAAAGGAAAGGCAAGCGACCCGUUCUGAAUUCAUUCCCUACCUACCCUUCUCGCUAUUUGGGACCCGGGUUAUCAGAACCCACAUUCCAUGAAGUGUGGUACGGCAAAUUAAGUCCUGUUGAUUACUUGGAAAUGGUUGCUGGCUGAGGGGACAUUCACUUAACUUCUACUAGUCUUCCAGACAAAAAAGGCUAGGUUUAUUUUGAUCCUUGCUUGAAAUGCACAACAUGAAUAUGCCCCACAGUGCCUUGAUGUAGGUUUUGGAUGGGAGGUGUACUAGCCUAGCCAAAAACAGUGUGGAAGGGGAGGCAUGUGCUACAUCUGACCCACCUGACUUCCCUAUUCAGUGGUGCAAAUAACUCUGGGGCACACUCUGAAUUAGUGCACUUCCGACCACUUCUCAUUCUGGGAGUUGGUGCGUUCUUUGCUGCAGUGAAUGGAGUAGAUAUGUUCAGAGUGGCCUGUAACCAAAACUCAUUGCCCAGCUGGGCCGCAUCCUGUCUCUCCUUCGCCAUGACUUUUCUACCUGCUCCUCUCCCUUGAUGUAUGAUAUAUUUUAUGGACAGACAGUGUAGCAGUGACGAUUGUGGGGUCCUAGCAUCACAAAGAAUUGGGCGCGGGUCCAGUUUCUAAUUCAAAACUCAACCGGAAGUGUAAGCCUGAGCUACACAAAUCAUAAUAAACCUGUGUUAUCAAGGAAGCUUUUAUGUUCUGUAUAUUAGAUUGAACAAAAAGCCAAAAAUCUGUACCAAUAGAAUACUAUCCUCAUUUCUUGUGUUGUUUUUUUUAAACAUGGUCAGGAAGAAGAAACUGGAAACUAAAGUGAAGAAACUUGAAGGUAAUUCACUGCAAAUAAAUUCACAUUUCAGAUUCAGAAAACCUUUAGGUUUAAAGUAAUACAUUGUUGUAAGGAAAGAGAGUAUUGCAUAGUUUAUGUGUAAUUUAAGUAGGGUUGAGAGGUACACCAACAAUUUUGCCCCAGUCAGUUUACCUUAAAAACCUGAGUUUGAUUCACCUUUUGCUUUCUUCACUGUUGCCUUUACCUUUUGCCCCAUUUCAACUAAUAUCAGGAUUGCAGUGUCAAAUGCUUUGCUUCUGUUUCAUGGGAAUAAAAGAAAGAACAAUUCCUGAGAUAAAAUUGAGCUAGCUAGUGCGAGAAUGAAUUGGCUUGUAAAAGGUUAAUUAUACAUCUGGGUGGAAUGUACACACAUAUAAAAACCAUUCUGAAAAUGCUUUUUUAAAAGCGUUUUUAAAAAUACAUUGAAUUUUCCAUUAGGCUCACCAUCUAGUGUCACAUUGUAUAUUGCACUUAAAACAUUUUAGUUGCAGCUGUGUAGCUGAGUCCCUGUUUUAAUGAAACUGUCAAUCAAAGUAUAAAAAUUCCAAGAUUGCCUUAAGUCAUGAAUUGUUAGAAUUUAGAGUGGUCUGUUGUUAGAAAGCUGUAAAAUAAUUUCAUUAUUUAAAUCAUAAAAGGUUUAUACUAUAUUUUCUCAUGAAAAUAUAUGAGAAAUGACAGCAGGAAGACAAUUGUGCUCUCCUGUCCUAGCUCUGGGCAGCUGUUAGUAGCUGUGACAAGAUCCUGAAAUUAAGAAUGAAAGGUCCUUAAAAUUAUUUCUUGUUUGUUUUUGUCCUGAUUUUCAUGUCACGUAUUGCUCUACCUGUUUAAUGUCCAAAGGAAAGUAAAAUAACUGUUAAGAAAUUUGUCUCUUGAGUGUUUAUAAAUUAAAUGUCAGUGUAGUACCUCUGCCAAACCCCUGGUAGCUGAAUAACCACUUCCAAAAAACCUAGUUGGAUUGCUGCAUAAAUUUUUAUCCGAGUAUAACAUUAUGCAAAGAACUCAGACUUAAUUAUUGCCAUUUAAGGAUAUCUGUAUGCAUUUUAGGGUCUUAUAGCAAACCUUGACAAAGCACAAUUUAAGAAUUUGACCUGUUGAAAUGGAAGGGUGCAAAUAUAUAUUUAUUACACGGAAAGGUUUUGUUGUCAAUGGUGUUUGGUAUGAAUAAACUUCGAGUUCCCUAGGGCUCAUUAAGCAGAAUUCUAAGGCAUGUGGGCAUUUACGCAUUUGGAAAAAAAGCUGUGGAGCUGUUGUGUUCAGUUGGUAGGAUAAUACAUGUCUCUGACCGAGCCAAGCAGCAUUCAUCCAGUGUGAUGAAAUCCUAAUGAAAUACAUGAUACUGCAGAGCUGAAUGCUGCAACCCCUAGAUAAACUGUUAGAGUUUGACAAAUCUGAAAGGGAAGGCAUCACCAUGCAAGUGCAUUUCGCCCUUGUUUGCUGACUUUUGUGCCAUUAAGUCGAGCUUAAUGGUUUUCAUGCAUUUUGAUUGCUUUUUUCCUUUAAAUGAAGAGGCUGCAGCAAAGCACAUCCAGGAAUUCAAGCAGCUGAAAGCAGAGAAGAAAGUUCUUGAGAAGGAAUUGAAGAAAGCACAGGUAACUUUCUUAAGCAGGGGUUUGGGGAGGUUGUUUUUUUUUGCAUUUUUGCAGUAAGCACAAAUUAGUGUUUCUUUGCAUGCUUUGUUAUAAGUUACAGAGUAAGUAUCUCCUCCUAAUGAUUCCCCCCCCCCCAAGAUGCAGAGUGUGUGUCAUAAAUGUGGACUUGGCAUGCCUACUUUCCCCACUGUUCUUAUCUGUUGAUGACUUCUUUCCCAUCAUUGCAAUGGGUAAACUGGUGGAAGACUAGACAAUGUGGGGAGAACUGAUCACAGAAAUUGUUUAGGCUGCUGGGCAGAAUUGUUGCUGCUUUAAGGUCCAAAGUAAAAAAGUUAUUGUUACACGGUACCCAUGUGCCAUGAUAAUUGGGGGGGGGGGGUUUAAAAUAAAAGACAGCUCUUUCCUCCUCCCUCCACCUUGGACCUUACAGUCUAAAUUUGGACAGAGGGAAUGAAGAGGUAACAAUAAGCACAGAAGGGGAGGGAUAGGAGAUGGCAAGAGUAACAAGGGACAGUUCCGAUUUUCCACCAAGCCUAUGAAACCAGGGAGCCUGUGACCCUCCAGGUGAUGGUGGACUCCAACCCCUAUCAGCCCUAGCCAGCAUGACCAGCUGUAAGGGACGAUGGGAGUUGUAGUCUAGCAAAAUCUGGAGUCUUCCAAUCCCUAUACAGUGGUAUCUCAGGUUACGAACUUAAUUCGUUCCCGGGGUCCGUUCUUAACCCCAAACCGUUCUUAACCUGAGGCGCGCUUUCGCUGAUGGGGCCUCCCCUCGCGCCGCCGGCACGCAAUUUCCUUUCUCAUCUUGGGGCAAAGUUCUUAACCCGAGGUACUACUUCCGGGUUCACGGAGUUUGUAACCCGAAGCGUUUGUAACCCGAGGUGUUUGUAACCCGAGGUGCCACUGUAUAAUACAUUUGAGAGGUCAUGAGGUAGUUUAAACAGUAACCAGAGUCGAAUCUCUUUCCACUGACAAUACUACAAGUUAAGGAUGUUAAUGUGGUAUGGUUUUCUUCCUUUGAUGUUGACAGGAGAAGACUGAUGGCUUCCCGAAUGCAAAGCAAAAGAAAGGUGAUGCUUCACUUUAUUUUACCUUAAUAGAGUUUCAGUGGCAGGGUUCCAGUUUUAAUUGUUGAUCUGAUAUCUGUGUCUGUUUUAUUUCCCCUCAGUGCUGAAGAAUGCUGAGACCCAAAGUGAGAGAGCGAGUCCUGUAGCAGACCUAGACAAAGGUUGGUAUGUAUAAAUAUUUUCUCUCUAAUAUAAGAAGAUUGCAGUGGCUCAUAGCUACUGUUCUUUGAGUUGUCAUCUGUACAGUCAUCACAUCCUCAUACUACAAGGCCUCACCCUUCAGCCCUACUUGGAUUCUUGCAGGUACCCUAAAGGAGCUGAAUAGGAGAGAUUGCCCACUGCAUGGGACAUGUGCAAGGCACCAAGAUCUGCCUGAGAAAAGGGCUUGAGAGCAUGGCCGCCUCAGCCAGCAAGCCCAAAGGUUCUGCUUUGUGGUCAUCCACAUGUAACAAGCUGCAUGACGAUAGGUCAGGGGUCAGCAACCUUUUUCAGCCGUGGGCCAGUCCACCAUCCCUCAGACCAUGUGGUGGGCCAGACUAUAUUUUGUGGGGGGGGGGGGGAAUGAACAAAUUCCUAUGCCCCACAAAUAACCCAGAGAUGCAUUUUAAUUAAAAGCACACAUUCUACUCAUGUAAAAACACGCUGAUUCCUGGACCAUCCACGGGCCGGAUUGAGAAGGCGAUUGGGCCGCAUCCGGCCCCCGGGUCUUAGGUUGCCUACCCCUACGAUAGGUUUUAUGUCAGCUUGAACUUGUUACUCUGCUGUAAGUAUUCUUUGCUUCUUAGAACUGCAGUUGGAUGGAGACAAAUUAUUUAUCAUUGCCUAAGACGAGGUCGUCAGACAUGAUACCCAAGACCUUGCUUUCCAGCAUCUAACCCCCUACAAAUUAUUGAACCACUGAGAGACUGAUUCGUUGCUCACUAAUGCUGGGUGUCUCAGCCGUGGCCUGUCACCACUGCUCCCUUGAAAUUAGCAGCACGUUUCAAUGAGCAUGGAGACCAUUGGACGGCCGAGCAGAAGGCAACAUUUGCAAUUUCCCCAGUUUUGUAGAGUGAGUGGAAGCCUAGGGGAUUAGAUGGCAGACAACAGAGCUGUAAGGAAUUGAUCUGCGUGGGUGGGGAACAAGCUGUUGGGUCCUGUUGCGCUCAUGGGGGAAUUUUAGAACAAAAGUUGUGAUGCUUUUGGGGUGGAUUGUAGAGAGGUGUUUUAGAAUUUAACCCUGGUCUUCCUGGAAAAGCUAGUGAUUUGGGGCCGAAAACAUUUGUGUUUUUGUAUAUGCUGGGCAUCUGCUGAGUGGGAGUUUGGGCUAUCUCUUCAACCCUUCCCUUCCCACUGCAAGCUGUAUAGGACACGAGAACUUUUUUUUGUCUAGAAGGCCAUGUCUGAAGUGCAGUUGCCAUUUUCAGAUCAACAGGCAAAAAUUUGACUAGUCUGCCCACCCAGGUUCAGUUGGGUGCAUUCAUGACUUGUUAAGGGGUGGAGAGAAGGACACAUUUGCUUUCAAAGAAGCUUCUCUACCUGGUCGUCUGGAAGUGCUUUCUUUCCUGCUCCAGGUGACAAGAACUGAAUCUAUCCCUCUCCUUUUAUGUGCAAGUACCAACCAGGAAGCCACGGCCACAUCAUGGGCAAAGCUAUCAGUCUCCCUUCUUAUUUUUGCAAUGUUCAGGAGAUGUAAUCUUCUUAUAUUUAUAAUGCUGAAAUAUUGGUGUGUGGUUUUUUUGUUUGAUGUUAUAUUUGCUAUUAUGUUGCUGUGGAAUUGCUAUGGAAUUGUUCUUGCAGGGGCUGAUUUUGAGAUGCAUUCCUUUUUUUUUGCAAGCCGCUUUGAGCAUGAAUCUUUUCAAGGAAAGGUGAUAUGCAAAUAAAAUGGUGAUCAUGCCACAAAGUGCUGAGAAUACCAACAAAGGGAUACAACCAGAGCUCCUUAAUUUCAUUCCAUUUUUUAAAAAAAUUGCCGCUUACUUAGCAAAGAGGCAAGCAGAGGCAAGAAGGAAAUGAUGCAAUUUAAAUAGAUUCAGGUGGAUUUCUUGCUAUUGCUUAUCAUGUCAACAGGCUGAAUCCUCUGAGGAGGCAGAGGCUCAAGGGAGUUGCCAAGAAGGGGAAAAGAACAUGUUGGUUAGCUUGUAUUGUAACAAAUUGUGUCAAGUCAGAACUUCUGCUGAAUAUCCAUCGAUUUGUCGAGAAAUUGGGCUGACUCAUUUGUGCUACCUCGGGUUAAGUACUUAAUUCGUUCCAGAGGUCCGUUCUUAACCUGAAACUGUUCUUAACCUGAAGCAACACUUUAGCUAAUGGGGCCUCCCACUGCCGCCGCACCGCCAGAGCACAAUUUCUGUUCUCAUCCUGAAGCAAAGUUCUUAACCCUGAGGUACUAUUUCUGGGUUAGCGGAGUCUGUAACCUGAAGCAUAUGUAACCUGAAGUGUAUGUAACCUGAGGUACCACUGUAUUUUUGUAUAGCCCUUCAAUCAUUUUCCAAGGGCAGUUUGCAAGAAAGUGCUGCACUCAUAUCACUGCUCAUAUGUUUCCUGAACAUUGGACCAGAGUGGUGGGCCUCCAUCCUCUGCUCAACUCUCCAAGGAAAUAGCUAACCAGCAGCAAAGAGAGAGCUGCUCUGUUGGGAGUUGUCACCUCCAGGUGUCUUUAGGUAACAGAUCCUGACAUAGCAAGCUUCCUUCAACUUUACUGAGAAGCCUUGGCAAGUCAAUAGAGGAGGCCUAGUAGGCUAGAGGUUUGCCAUCACUGGAACAGACAUAACCUCAGCAGUUUGGGAUUUGCUUCUUAUUCCCUGUAUUAGUGAAGAAAUAUGUGUGCAGAUACAGAUAUAGAUAUAUAUUCUAUUAAUCCAUGUUUCUCUGCAAGUACCAUAACAGUUUGGAUGCCUCUUUGGUUAUUUUACAGAGAAAAUUAAACUGCUGUUGCAGGAGCUCUGGAUGUGUAUUGACAGCUCGACAGGAAAAAGUCAAAUCAGCAAAAAUGACUACAUCUUAGGUGAGACCCAAGUACUGUAGCUCUAGAGAUAAUUGGAAGUAGUCGCUUUCCUUAGAGAAAAAGUAUGUUGCAAUUUUCAAGAAGAGUAAAGAAAAAUUGCCUCUUUUCUCACCUGCAGCAACAGAUUUUCAUGGUCAUUCAAGAGCACGUGGAAAAAAAAGUGAGUACUUUUAGAACGGCACUCUGCCGUUGAAUCUCACGACAGACGGAUGCCAAUAAUUAACCUUUAGAAUGACUUUGUGUUAUGCUUUUAAUAUUUGCAUAAUUUAAAUGCAAGAACAAAAUAUAUGCAUAUAUACUUGCAGGGCAUUUGCAGUUGUCUCUAGGCUGCUGGAAAUCUUCCUUGGCGUGUCCUCCUUCCUCCUAUGCCUUCUUCCAAGACUGCACUAGGAAUGCCUUACACUUUUUAAGGGAAAAUUUUGUGAGGGUAUGGGAAGGUUACAAAAACUGUACGGCACCCCAGAAACACAGCAGGGGCCCCCCGAGAGUGGUCAGUAGAAUUAACACCAGGAUCUUUUAAAUUAAAAAAUAAUAAUUAAGGGGAUACUUUCUGGAGGGCCUGUGGAGUUGCAAAAAAAACUUUCAACACCACAGUGAUGUACCUGUAGGACACUCAGUAAGAUGGAUAAUAAACCAUUUGUUUUAAAAUGGGUUUUAAAACUUUUUUUUCAAAAAAAAUGUGAAGGUCUUCCUCCCCGCAAAAAAUAAAAUAAAAUUGGGGGAAAAAAUCCUCAGGCAGGAGGUAGUCCUUGAACUGCAGGUUCCCCACCCUUUCCUUAAACCUUCAGAAAGUGGAGGAAAUGUGAAAACCUUGUUUACACUGUAGAUGAUCUUGUGCCCCAUAGAAACGCCGCGGAAUCCUCAACAGUUCCGGAAACCUCGAGAAGAGAGGCCUUCUGGUUGUCCUUCACCUGAAACCUGUACGACACACGUUUCUUUGGCACCGUUGCAGACAAAGCUGGGCGACAGACUCGCUGGGCAUGGUAGCCCAGUAGAGAGCAAGGCCAUGGAAACCACGGGCGCUUACAAUGGUGGCGGCGCUUUUUACGAAGGCAGAUCUCUAGAAGUCAUUUCAGAGACAGAUUUGGGAGAGGGCAACGUGGAUGUUUUUAGCACGGAACAGGACGAACUUGGUGAAAAUCUGCGAGAUAUUUUGAAGUGGGUUAGGCCUCUUCCUCCUCUGCUGUCUCCCAUACAGUUUUCACCUGCUGCUACUCCAGUAAGUCAAAAUAUGGGUUAAAAUCGUGUGCCCUAGUAAUGUCAUAAUCUUGAUUUAAUGUUGACUUAAUACAGUACAGCAAGUCUACUUGUGGAUGGAGCCAGGGGGGCCAGAAAGAGGCAGUGCUAUCCAUGGGUAGUACACUUGGCUCAUUCUCAUUCUCAGUUGAACAGGCUUUGCAGGUAUUCAUAGUGCUCCAAAAAGCAAAAAAAUACUACCCCCACCCUCCCGAUAGCAGGAUAAAAUCAGUAAAUGUGUAAUAUACCUGGGCAGUGAUUUCUCUGUUAUACCACUUUCAACUAUCCAAAAAACCCCCACAAUUACCUGCCUUCAGAGUAUAGUAGGCCCGGACCUAAAAGAAUCGUUACCAUUGUAUCCAGUUUAAUGGAACAUAAUAAUAAUAAUAAUAAUAAUAAUAAUAAUAAUAAUAAUAAUUUAUUUAUACCCCGUCCAUCUGGCUGAGUUUCCCCAGCCACUCUGGGCGGCUCCCAAUCGAGUGUUUAAAACAAUACAGCAUUAAAUAUUAAAUUCCCUAAACAUAUUGUCAAACAGUGGGAUAUAAAUUAAGACAAUAAAUGUGGUGGCAGCUCCUGUUGUGAUUCAUAAGAGCAGCGGCUCUGUCAUAGGGCUGUUGUUUUUUCUCCUUCCCCGACUUCCUUAAGUAAGAACUGUUAAAGUGUAAAAUGAUAGCUUUCUCGGUUAGGAUGUCAUCCUUGCUAAUUCCAUUGCUAGGUUAAAACAGUUUGGUUUUAGAAUACAGUGGUACCUUGGUUUAAGAACAGCUUAGUUUAUGAACAACUUGGAAACAGAACGCUGCAAACCCGGAAGCAGGCGUUCUGGUUUGUGAACUUUGCCUUGGAAGCAGAACACGUUCCACUUCCUGUUGAGUGUGUUCCAUUUGUAAACUGAGUCCUCCGCUGCUAUGAGAAAGCACACCUUGGUUUAAGAAUGCUUUGGUGUAAGAACGGACUUCCGGAACAGAUUAAGUUUGUAAACCAAGGUACCACUGUAUAUUGAACACCUGGAUUUUCAGCUUCUGGCUGCUGCUAUUUUUGUGGUGGUCCUGUGUUUUAGUUUUAUUGACUGUGCGUCACUUUGAGCAUUGCUUUUUAAAUAGUGAAAUGACUCAUGUUUUUAUGGAUUAAGAUGAACCUUUGCAAGUGAGCUAAGCCCUGUAAAAAGGAACUCUCUCUCUCUUUGUUUCUGAUAGAUACUCUUUAGUUUAUCUUAGUCUUAGUUCUUAUUGAAGUGGUAAAACCUCUGUGCAAGAAACCUCAAUAGAAAAGUGUUUCUCAAAAAGAACUACUUCCUGUUUUCUAGCUCUCUGUGGUUUGGUUUAUAAGGAAAGCGGGUGGCGCUGUGUGUUAAACCACAGAGCCUAGGACUUGCCGAUCAUAAGGUUGGUGGUUCGAAUCCCCGCGACGGGGUGAGCUCCCGUUGCCCCCGUCCCUGCUCCUGCCAACCUAGCAGUUUGAAAGCACAUCAAAGUGCAAGUAGAUCAAUAGGUACCGCUCCGGCGGAAAGGUAAACGUGCGCUGCUCUGGUUCUCCAGAAGUGGCUUAGUCAUGCUGGCCACAUGACCCGGAAGCUGUACGCCGGCUCCCUCGGCCAGUAAAGCGAGAUCAGCGCCGCAACCCCAGAGUCGGUCACAACUGGACCUAAUGGUCAGGGGGCCCUUUACCUUUACCUUUAUGGUUUGGUUUUCAUGGUUUUGAAGAAAAUGCCAUCAUGUAAACCUGCAGCUCUGAUGUGAAGUGGAACAGAGCAGAAGUAGGUUUACCAGUUUACUGAGAACUACACCUCAGUCAUGUUUUUAGUGCAUAUCUGUUUUGAUGUGUCUUUAGCAGUAUCAGUUUUUUGAAAGGGAAAAAAGUAAUGAACAUUGUAACUUGAAUGGCUGUUCAUAAAACAUUUGAACUGUUAUGAGUACUAUAUUAAUUCUUCUCAUUUAUCUCUUUAAGGAUACGUUAUUUGGAAACUUAACAGAUUCCAGUGAUGAAGAUGACAUGAACCAGGAUGUGCAAAUGCUUGAAAAUAUUUUGGGGGAAAAUGAACCAAAAGCUGAAAUUCCUUACGAGAACCAUUCAGCAGAAUCUCGGAGCAAAUGCAUAUCUUUUAGCGCAAACAAUACAAAUGGCAAUUCUCAGGAGUCACCUGAAAGACUUAGCAAUUUGACGGAAGAAGAGUCAGCACUGUGUCACGACCCUGUGACAGAAACAUCAGUAUAUCCUAUUGAGGGAGGUGCCAUAUCAAAGAGUGAGAAGCAUCUGCAGGAGAAUUCUGACUUUUUGGAGGCACGCACAGCCACUGAACCAGCAGCACACGGUACAGAAAACGUCAACAAAAACUUAGAUAAUAUGACGAAAGCGAAAGACAAACUCAUGAUGCCUGCUUUAUUGUCUCCAUCGGCUAACUCACAAGGUCAAGAAAAACCAGCUGAGUCAAUGCCCAUGAAAGAAGACGUUGGAAGCAGCAUUGACCAUGUGCACAAAGAGCCUAGUAACUUCUUGAAAGGAGAGAAGGAAGAGCUCAUUGAGACAGUGGGAGGUGAUUGGCUUCAAACACCCAAAGGUGGCAAUCAGCAGCAAACCAAAGGGUCCAUUUUAGCUACUGAAAAUGUGCUUGUAACUCCUGAAAUUUCUAAGGAUGUUUCUGGUGAUGUGCGAGGAGGAAUGGGGAAUGGCCCCAGUGACAGCCAAUCUAAAUUUAAUUUUGAGAAAGCAAAAUGCAUUGGUGAAGAACACACUGAACCUGUAACAGCAUUCAAACGAAAUGCAACUGAAGGGAUCUGCUCAAGCAGCAGCGAUGAAGCAUUAACGGAAGAGAAAAUGAAUUUCGUUAACCAUAAUUUCCUCUCUGAAAUGGAGUGUUCUAGGGCACUGCUCCAGCAACGAAAUGCUGAGAUAACAUUUACACAGGACUUUGAAAAAGAUUCUCAUGUCUCCGAUGCAGCCAUCAAAUCACAAUGCGUAGAAGAAAAUCACAGUAGCGAAGAGGAAUGUGGCAAGCAAUAUGAAUUAAAUGGGGAGAAUAAACUAGGGAAUGCUGAUACCUUGAGGUCCCACUCUCAUAUUACAGUGGCAAGUGAUGGAUGCAAUAAUUCAUUGUAUCAUAUAGGUGAAAGCAGCACUCUCCCUUCUGUGCCUACUAAACAUGGAGAAGAUGACCAGCGGAAAGUUGAAAAUGAAAACGUAGGCAAAAUGAAACCCAAAUCAAUGGAUGUAAAAAAAGAAUGUGUAGAACUAGAACAAUACAUUGACCAAAAAGUUUCUGUUAAAUCGCUACAAGAGGAGCCAGGUUAUCAAAGCAGUCCUAUGUUAGCAGCACAAGCAUUUAUUAUUGAAGGGUGUCCUGAGGGGUCUCUUGAAAGUAAACACACACUCUUUGAAUCAGAGAAUGUCACUCAAAGUGCUUCAGAACUAGGGUGUGAUGAAAAUGCAGGCAUUAAACCUGAGUGUAAGUCCAAAACACAUAGCAUUUCAAUUAACUUUCAGCACACUGAGGCUGUUGAGGAAGAUAUAUGCCUGACAUCAGAACGGCUUGAGAAGGAAGAUAGUGAACGGCUGAAAAUAACAGAAACUGGGACUGCACAGUUUAUUAUAGAAGAAGGAAGUGAAAAAACAUCUGCUCUUGGAACUCUGUGUGACAGAAAUAUGGAGCCCAGUUUGAUUUUUAAAGAUUUGCAGUAUGGAAAAAAUGAUGCACCACCUCAAGAAAAGGCAAUCUGGAAUGCUGAAAGCAAUUCAUCUGAUAAAAUGAAGCAUGCUGCAGAAGGGACAGAAACGAAUUAUAAGUGCUCUGUAACAAGUGGGGUGGAAUUAGAACAGAACACAAAUGAAGGUCUUGCUCAGUCUGUUCAAGAUGAAUUAGAAGCAGAGAGUGCAGUUAUUGAAACAACUUCCUCUGUCACUACAACAGUUGGUUCUAAGUCCACUGCAGAGCCCUCCAAUGUCACUGUGUCCCACAUUGAAAUCAGUUAUGAGCUCUUCAGCAGAAAUGGCCAAAGCUCUGUCCCAGGGUACAUUACCCCUUCCUCUCAAAGCAGAGAAGAAGAUGCUGAUCAUAGGGAUCAUGAUUCUGGAGAAGACUUGACAAGUAAAGAGGCAAAUGUUCUUGAUUCUGAGGUAGACAAAAAUAAGUCCCUAGAUUGUUGCAGUUUCCAUGAAAUGGAAAUCGAACAAGCCAGAGAACAGCCAACUCUCAGGGAAUCCCAGAUAAUGUGUUGGGGGGAGCUCACUAAAGCACAAACUGCUGAGGCAUCGAGCCUGAACAGUGUUAAUACUGUAGACAUUUUUGUAGUGAGCGAAUCUGUUCCAAGUGAUGAGAAGCUUCUUGUUCCUCUUGAUAAAACGUUAGGGAUUCCUUCAAGAAACUGUGAGGUAGAACCUAAUCUGAGUGAAGCAACAGCUAAAGAAACUGAUGCAAUAUCAAGCAGAGGUGCAAGAUCUGAAGGGGUGAAUGAACUGACCGUGUCUGAAAGUACUAUCAUGCUUAUGAAAUCAUCUACCUUUGAUUCACCAGAGGAAGAGGUUUUCGCAUUAAGGAAGGUGAAUUGCACAAAACCACAACCAACGCUUGCAGCGCCCAGAGCAGAUGUGGGUGGUGAGCAGGAGCUGUCCCAUGUAACAGAAGAGGCAUCCCCGAAAUAUACGCCGGCUGCAGUACAUGACACUGGCUCCCAUGUUGCUGAAGUGACGGAAGGGAUAUGGGAACAUUCAUACGCAACAAGAAGGACGUGUAGCGAUGAAAAUACCUCCUUCAAAUCGGAAUCUCUUGCAGCAAUAGAGAAGUCUGAAGAGAGGCAAGCAGGACAAAGCAUUUCAGCAGUCGUUUCAUUGAUGAGACAAGGGCUAACCCAUGACAGAAAAUCUCUCUCCAGGAAGUCUCCUGCAAGUGAUCCAGAAUUUAAUAGUGAUACAGAAUACAGGGACACUAGUGUAGAAACCUUGGAAACCCAGUUAGAUUUCUUUAAAGGGAAAGCAAGUGCUGAGGAAGAAAGAAGCUUUAGCCCUUUGGGAUGCAGCUCCAGCCUGAUGCAGAACCAGUUAACACCCGUCUGUCUUGAUGAGGACGCCAGUGCCUCCCACAACAAGAAAACCCAUAUAAAAAACGAGGGGGGAACUAUUGCUGCUCAAACCAGCCGGCAUUCCGUACCACCUGCUUCCGAAUCUUCCAGCUCUAGCUCUAAACCACAAAAAAUAGUGUCUGAGAAAGUGGAAUCUCCCACUGGUCUUGCAUCUGACGGAAAUAACGGAGCAGGACAAGCGCUUGAAACAUCAGACUCUAUAAAUGUUUCAGCAGAGGCAGGUCUUAGGCCUCUCCAGAGAAUACCUAGCUGCAAGGGGAAGAGGAAAAGCCGACAAGCACUGCUCACUGAGACCAUUUUUGCCAACGCAGAUACUUCCACGCCUACAGUGUAUUCUCCUCCAAAAACCCUGACAAAAAUUAGGGAAGAGAUGGGCCCUCCAUUACCUCCCUUGCUCCCACCUCUGAUACCUACUCCUCCAAGGACGGUUAGGCCCCUCUCCCCACUGAUGUCAUCGUCUAGCCAGUCUUCUUUGCCUUCCCCACUUGAUGGAAUGAAUUCUCCUUUACGGGAAACUCCAGUUCCUCCUCUAAGGUCGCCGCUGUUGGAUAUCCCCAAAUGCAAGUCUCCCGCUACAUUUACCACCCCUUCUCCUUCUGGCACGCCGAUGCGUCAGAGGGCUCUGUCUUCGCCUCUUCAGUUUUGCGCCACCACUCCCAAGCACGCCCUCCCCGUGCCUGGCAGACAUCCUCCAUCGGCAGUUGGCGGCACUGCUCCACCCGUACCCCAGGAAAACUCGGUGAAGAUCUUGGACAGCAUGUAUCCAGAGCUAUCCGCCCGAGCCAGAACUCUCAGCAUCCUGAAAGGUAACAUUCAGCUGAGUAGGUCGUCUUCUCUAGAUGGCAAAAACGCCCCACAGCCGGUCCAUCAGAUCAGUGGCUUUAAAGCAAUUGCUUCUGUGUCCACUGCUUUUGUUAAAACGGGGAGCAGUUUCAAGCCUGACCCAGAGCAACUGUCUUCCAAUGUGUGUUACGCUGGCAAAAGGGCAUUAGUACCUGUGACUGUGCCAAAGAAUGCCAAAAGGCUAAGGCUAGAUAGCAAGUCGCCAAAAUCAAAAGUCUGCAAGGAGGAACCUUCAGCUAGAGUCCCAGAUGCUGGCGUACGGUGCCCUGCUGAGGAAACCAUCAAUCUGAGUAGUGAGGGUGCUACUCACUUAACCGGUGAAGCCGAUUCACAGUUGCUUGUGGCUGCGAAGAAAAGCGAUGACUCCGAUAGCAACAUUGUGAUGGUAGCAUUGGAGAAAGUUUCCAAAGCCUGUUUUGACCUGUUACCUGUUAUCCGUAGCCAUGUUUUGGUGGGCAAUACCUCGAAGCUCCCAGCCAUGAGAGAUGAAGAGAAAGAAGCCGUUUAUGAACUUGGCGUUGCUAAGAAGGUCAGUUACACUUCUUCUUGUUGUUGUUGUUGUUUAAAAAAUACCAGUAAACUGGUUUAGCUCAUACAACCAAACAAUGAGCAUGGAACCUUCUGGAAUAGUAGUUAAGACGGUAGAAGCCAUAGAGGAGACCAUUUGAACCCACCUCUCUGCCAAGCUAUCAUGUCGCCUCUUGCAGUUCAUAUGUGGACAUAUAAUUAUGUUUGCUGUGGCUGAUUGGGGAUGUUGACUCAUGGCUUAACACACACAGAGACGUACACUUUUGACCAAAAGGUGGUUUCUCAGUCCCUUACAGCUAAUAUCCAUGGGGAUUUUGAUGUUGUGUUUACCCCAGUGUUUCUCAAACUUUUUGAACUCUCUCAUUUCUUGCAAACUUAGCUGCUGCCACCGCCACCCAUCCCGGCUCGUCUCUUCCACAGGUGAGCAAGUGCACAAGGACUUUGCUCACAGUUGUCUCUAUUGAGCCUGUUGUAUAUGAGAAUCUGCAGGCAGAAGUGCUAAUCUCGACAUUAGCAUUCAGAGCUAAUGCUGUUACCCCCCCCCCCUUAAACACCAUAAAAAUAAAGCAACAUCUUCUGCUGGGGUGAUGGGGGUGCAGUCAUCCCCCGAAAUCAGAUGUGCACCAGAGAGGGUCCUUGCGAGGGGCAAUAUGGGCUUUGGCUGGUAAUAAAGAAUGUGCUGUGUGUUUAAGACCCCUGUAUUUUCGCCCCACUCCACUUGACCCACAGACCCCCCCCCCCAAGUGAGAGUCCUGUCCUUUAGUUUUGUGUUUCACAGGUCUUGGUUUACAAAGGCCUCUGAAAGCAGAUUGCACUGUGAUCUAAAUGCAUUGAACAGUUCCACAUCCAAGUUCUAUCUGGAUGUCUGUAAUAAGGCGGAACUUGUGGAGGGAGUAGGGAAACCAUCUUAACUCGGUCAUCAGAUCUGUAAAUCUUGUGACCCUCCCUGCUCCAAACUCCCAGGAACAUGGGUGCCUUGAACUGCACAAAGAGGAGGGCUGUUGUGUAAACCUGGUUCAGGUGAAUCUAUCCCUGCCUUAGAUGAACGCUUGGGCUCUAAAAUUGUAUGGAGACAUUUCUGAAACACUUCAACUUGUCUGAUAGUUUAUUCAUUUAGUGGAGUUGUUGAGCUCUUUGGGUUCCACUUCACUGACUAAGAGCCAGUUCGUGAUGGCCAGUUUUUAAGUGGCAGCAUGCCUCUGGAGUGAUCACCUUCCCAAGUUCCUGUUUGUUUGUUUGUUUGUUUGUUUGUUUGAGUUUACAUAUAUGCUGCUUUUCCACAAUCAGCUGCAGCCAAAGCAGCUUGCAGCAAACAUUCAAAACAUCAAAAUACAAAUGUGCGGAAUACAGAGCAUGUCAGUAAAUUCAAAAGUCAACAAUUUAAUAAACAUAGAAUAAAUUUGCUAUUAACCCCAAAAAAAGGUCAAGAAAAGAAAAGAAAAACCCAAUCCAGGCUUCAGUACAUAAAUGCAAAGCCAAAGAAGAGUUAACCGACAACAAAGUUUGGCAACGCAUUUUCUAGCAGUACUCAUUUGGUGUUUCUCUAAACAGCUGUAGAUGCCAACAUGCUUUCCCCAGUUGCUUAGGGUCAGACCUGAAAUUAAUCUCACCCCAGGUGGUAAGAUUCCCUGUUACUGCAUCUUUCAGGAUGCGGGAACUUGAGGUCUUUCCAUCCAAGAGUGCUUUAACCCCCCCCCCCAAAAAAAAAAGACCAUGGGAAGAUUUGAGGGGAAAGAUUCAGCACAAGGUCCACUGCAAAAUUGUGCUGUCAACCUGUUUUCAGGAUCUUUUAUUUCUGAGAGUGUUUCUCAUUUGUGUCCUGGUGUCUGGAUGGGAUAAGAAGCCAGGAACAUACCCACCCAGCCACUGUUCAGCUGUGCUGGCUCCGAACUUAGGCCCUAGAAUAUCUUCAACCUUAUAUUGGUAUUAAUUAAGGCCUUCAAAAAUGCCCUGCAUGGAUUCCAGGUCUUUCAAACUUUUUAAGGUGACAAUUGUGCACAAAUGUGAAGUUAUCUCAGAAUCUGGCAGAGAUCCUUUUUCACUGGAGGUGAUAGGGAUUGGACCUUCUGCAUGCAUUGCUUGUGCUCUGCUUAUGACACCUCCCCAUAGAUUCCUUUACACACAUCACUGGCAGAGGUUGUAUCAGAACUUGACCUACAUUGGCCUGCAUGUGGAAUGGCCAAUUGGUCUUCUUUCAUAUAACGUUUCAGAUGGCUCAUUAAAAGAACAUUCACUCUGCUGUUACUUCUUGUACCUGCCAUGCAUUUAGUCCUUCGCUCCUACUAUUUUGUGGCGUUUAGUUGCUGGUUUUCUGUGUUUUUAACCUUUGUAGCUUACCAGUUUCAGCUGCAAACUGCCACGAGUGCACUUUUCCAGUGGUUUUAAAACAUGUUUGUCCUUGUGCUCGCUUGGACAGAUCUGUUCUUCUCUAUUUUAUCGCCUGUAUCUGAUAAAGAAUUAGCUCUGAAGAUCAUCAGCAUUUCUGUUCAAGGACAGAAGUUUAUUAUUUUCUGAUAAUAAGGUAUAUUAUGCAUGUUGAAAUAUCCUCAAUGGAAAAUACCAUUUUGCAUGUUACAGCACUUAGCCGAGACAGCGUUGCAGACUAUUCUGAAGAAACUGAAGAAACAGAAGAUGACCUUGGGCCACAAUCACAUUCAGGCCCUCUGCAGGGUGUAUGUUGGAAUAUGCCGGCAGCUGGGAGACCUUGAAAAAGCACGUCUGUUUUGCUACAGUCUUCUUAAGGAAGGUAUGAUCUGUCUUUGUCUUUUUUUUACGGCGGAAAGCAUCUUACGCAUUAUGUUCCAGCUGAAUCCUUCUCAGUUAUGUUAAUCGCUUUUAGAUGUUUCAUGGGAAGCGAUUCGUUAACGAAAUAAAUCAAUGUAUACUCACUGUUUUGGCAAAGGUCUGUUUACCAGGGUUGUUGGCUGAUUAAACAAUCCACAGGCCUGGUUCAUACAUUUCCGUCAGAGUAACGCUGCAGUAUUAUGGAGAAGAAGUGGUGCAAUCCCCUCCCCUCUGUGACGCAGCCUCCACUGCAAACCGCACCCUCCACGCAACUGGCGAACUGGGCAGCGGGCCUGGUCUGUGUGAUUUCCUGCCCUCCAUUAAUAAACAAAAUGGGGAAUAAUUGCGUGGACUGGGUGUCUGCAGGAUAAAGAACUAAUGCAGAGGACCUUAUUCACACCUGGGGCUUCCUCCCUAAUGGAAGGGCUUGAUCUCCUCCUCUACUGCAUUGAGGUUAGGUUGGAUUUGUUAAAUAUAUAUAUAUAUAUACAUUGCUUCCCGCUACAAAAAGUCCCGAAGUGAUUCACUAGCCAGAACAAAAACACACAAGCAUAUUAAAAACCUGAAUCGGGAUAUAAGCAUAAAGGCAUCAGGCUACCCAAAUGCAGUGGAGAGAAAAUUAUUUGUGGUUUUAUGUAUUUGUGUUUUUGUUUUUUAAAAAAUAAAAGUUUGUAAACUGUCCUGAAGGUAGAGGCCCAACCACUGGACCCACUGGAUCCUAAGUCAGCACAGCCAUGGUGAUCUCAGUGGGCUCUAUCGGGGUCUCUUCACUAUGCCAACGUGGGAGCGUUGCCCCUCCCCGCUUCCUGGCUGCCUAUUCUACCCUAGCACCACCAGCCGCCUAUGCAGGCAAUAAAGUUUUUGGAUGUUUGCUUUUAAUUUCUUUUUGCUUUUCGCUUGUUUUUAACGUCCUAUGAUGCUGUAGUUUGGUUUUAUGUUUUUAUAUCGUAAACUGCUGUGAUAUAUGUAUACUGCAUAUAUUUAUCAUACAGCAGUAUCUAACAACUGUUUUUAUAAAUAGAAUAAGAAACAAGUCCCACCACUGCCACCCAGGGGUUAGGAUUGCAGCCUAAAUCCUUGGUGCUACCUUUAGGGUAUGGCUGCUUGAGGAGAGCCUAAGAUCCUUAGAUCUAAAUAGAUAAUUUUGUGAGUAUGUGCAGGAGACACAUUUAGCUGGUAUGGAGGCGUGAUUAAUAUACUGAGCAUGCUCAGUGGUCUCCAAGAGAGAGUACUGAGAGAGAGUAUUUUCCAGUUUGGAAAAGGGGCAUGGAAAGGGGGAAAGAUUUAGCCCCUCCCUGCUUAUAUAGUAUUCCAAGAGUAGGGAAUGUCUGCUUGCAAGUAACUAGGAGCACUUCUAUUAGUGAACCCCCUGCAACAUUUUGCUUCAAGUCCAACUUGUAAUAUAUAUAUAUACAUAUUGAUUAUUGUCUAGCCUAAAGGGUUUUCCUUUCUUAUUUUAAUUUAUCCCUGCCAGAUUUUCCCAAAUCGGCCAUACUAACUUUGUUUAUUGCAAACAUGUGGGAUGAGAUCUUUUCCUCGGAAGGUGUGAUCAGCAAAGCUAUCCAGUUGGUUGCCAGGCAGCGUGCAAGAGGGGAGGUGCUGAAAUGUCUGAGAACUUACCUGAAUUGGGAAGAGGUAUGAGCAUUUGACAGGAUCCCUUUUUUGCAUUUGGCCAGAAGAGAGUUGGUUGUUGAUUAUACAAGAGCAGAAUCUCACUUUUCACAGAGGCAUAAGAAAAGGCCAGUGUGCAUAUUUAUUGUGUUAUCUUUUAAUCAAAUGCUGCUUUCUAAAGAGCUGGGCAUCACUUUGAAGAAAGUGGGUUUGAUUGGGGGGGGGCAGUUUCACAUGCUGCUGAAUCAAAUAUGAGCCAAAUAAAACCACUGGAAAAAAACACUACUUAUAAUAUUGCCAUUUUCACUGUGAGGUGGGUAAAAAAUCCUUUUAUGGGCAUGUGGGGUAGUAGGAAGGGGGAAAUAUAAAAGACAACAUGUUCUCCAGUUAGAGCCUGCGGAUGAGAGGAAAUCAGAGCCGUGGAACUCCUUGGCACAAGGAAAAUGCAGCGGCAAAGAAUUUAGCAGUUUCCAAAGGCAAAGAUGGAUUUGAUAGCAGUUGGAAUGUAAUGUCAGUGAUAGCCAGCUGAUUAUACCCAGUUCUGCUCCAUUUUGGGACUGGUUGUUCAUCUGCACCACCAUUUUGGGACCAGUGGUCUCACUAAUCUUUAGCCAUCUCUAUAAGGUCUUGUGGGUAGAAUGUUUGAGAACAAAAUCAGCAUUCAUUCAUUUUUCCAGAAUGCACCAGCAGAUGUUGGCAUGAUGGUCUCUAGCCUGCUUUUGGCGAUACAGUUGUGUCCACAGAUGGAAUUUCAGAUCAGUGAGCAAUUUGGAGAAGACCUGAAAGAGAGCACAUGGGAAUAUGUGUUUGCUGUUGAUCUGUUGUGCUCACAUCAAAAGUGGCGCUGGACCCACGAUCAUAUCAUAAGGUAUUACGAGUCUUUGUUGUUUAUUGUACUUAAUAAUUAAAAUAAAGGUGUGCAGCCUGGCUCAUCCAUUCACCAUAGGCUGUUUCCUCUAAUACGCUUGCAGGGAGCGGCUGUUGCUAAGCCAACCUUGUUGUUCUGCUGUUACUGCAACUUACCGUAUUUUUCGCCCUAUAGGACGCACUUUUUCCCCUCCAAAAAUGAAGGGGAAAUGUGUGUGCGUCCUAUGGGGCGAAUGCAGGCUUUCGCUGUCGCCUGGAGAGGGGUCGGUGCGCACCGACCCCUCUUGCUCUCCAGGCUUCAGGAAGCUAUCCGCAAGCUGUGGGAGACCUGCGCGACUUCGCGCAGCUCUCCCACGGCUUGCGGAGAGCUGCCUGCACCCCGAAGCCUGGGGCGCGCUAAGCUCAGCACGCCCCAGGCUUCGGGCUUCUCGCAGCUCUCCCACGGCUUGCGGAUAGCAGCCUGUUCUGGGGGCUGGGGUCGGGGGAAGCUCGGGCUUCCCCCGCCCCAGCCCCGCACCUGGGGGAGAAAUAAUUUUUUUUUUCUUUAUUUCCCCCCCAAAAAACUAGGUGCGCCCUAUGGGGCGAAAAAUACGGUAAUAUGUUUUCUCAAAUCGAAAGCAUUUGGAGGUUUUUCAUUCCAAAGGAGUGUGGUGUAGGUCUGGCAGGUCAAGCUGGUUUCAAAAGGCAAAAAGGGAGGCAGUCAGCACAUAUGUACUCAUUGUCCGCUUCGUUCCACAGCAAAGAACUCUGGCCUAUCAUGGAUAAGUGGAUAAAGAACAGAAAGGGCAAUGGCAACAUAUCUUCCCCUUCUGAUAUAAUUGUAGCAACAGUGCUCAGACUGAUUGGUGAGUAUGCACUCCUGCAGCGCUUUCUCUGUGGCUACCAGGCUUGUUGGAAUACUCUUUCCAUUUGUCUGCUGGAGACAUUGAUAUCCCCACUUAGUCCACGUCUGUGUGCAUGAAUAAAAGGAGCCAGUAACUUGCGGUGGUGAUGGCUGUUACAUUCUGGCUGCAGUCUCUUGAGAACUAAUAGGAGAGGGUUGUUGGCAUCUCUCCCCACAUCCCACCCCAAAAAUAAGACUGCGGACCACGUAGUUGCAUAUACCAUCUUUUUCCGUGUAUAACACGCCGCCUAUUUUUGGGGACUCAAAAUUAAGAAAAUGGAGGAUUGCCCAGAGUUGAUGAGCUUCUCAGGGGCCAAAAUUCACUCACCUGCCAGACCAAUGGUGGCUAGCGCACGUGUCGCCGAGACAACCUAUCCCGCUCACCAACAGCAGACGUCCCAAUCACACACACAAUUACUGCAGCAGCAGCCUUUGCCACAACCACCAAUCGCAGCUGACGAGAUCAUGCUCGCAGCAGCAACCAAUCGCCCGUCCCAACAAUGCGCUAACUGUGUAUAAGACCAGCCCCAAUUCUGGACAUUGCUUUAGCAAAAAAAACCCUCGUCUUACACAUGAAAAAGUACAGUACCUUUAACCUGUAAACUACAAUUAAUCCAGAAUGCGGCAGCUAGACUGGUGACUGGGAGUGGCCGCUGAGACCACAUAACACCGGUCCUGAAAGACCUACAUUGGCUCCCAGUACGUUUCCGAGUACAAUUCAAAGUGUUGGUGCUGAUACUUAAAGCUAAACGGCCUCAGCCCAGUAUACCAGAAGGAGCAUCUCCACCCCCAUUGCUCAGUUCAGACACUGAGGUCCAGCGCCAAGGGCCUUCUGGCGGUUCCCUCCCUGCGAGAAGUGAGGUUACAGGGAACCAGGCAGAGGGCCUUCUCGGUAGUGGCACCCACCCUGUGGAACGCCCUCCCAUCAGAUGUCAAGGAAAAUAAACAACCACCUGACUUCUAGAAGACAUCUGAAGGCAGCCCUGUUUAGGGAAGCUUUUAAUGUUUGAUGUUUUAUCGUGUUUUUAAUAUUCUGUUGAGAGCCGCCCAGAGUGGCUGGGGAAACCCAGCCAGAUGGGCGGGGUAUAAAUAAUAAAUUAUUAUUAUUAUUAUUAUUAUUAUUAUUAUUAUUAUUAUUAUUAUAUAUGAUCUCUGCAGUGUCCUGUAUCCAUUUUAUCUCUGGCUGAAUGGCAACAUGCUUCUUGGAGUCAGAGGACAGAAGGACUGAUUAAUAGACGUGGAUUUGGCUGUCUUUGCUCUUCCUUCUUUGUCUCCCUUCUGCUGCCUUCUUAGCUGUGCCCUGUACAACUCUCUCACGCUUGCUGCCUUAUCAGAACCAAAUACAGUGGUGCCCCGCAAGACGAAUGCCUCGCAAGACGGAAAACCCGCUAGACGAAAGGGUUUUCCGUUUUUGAGUUGCUUCGCAGGACGAACUUCCCUAUGGGCUUGCUUCGCAAGACGAAAAUGUCUUGCGAGUCUUGAGAUUUUUUUUUCGCUUUCCCCCCCCCCCUUUAUCUAAGCCGCUAAGCCUUUAAUAAGCCUUUUAGCAGCUAAUCCGCUAAGCCGAUAAGCCUUUAAUAGCCGCUAAACCGCUAAUAGCGCUAAUCCGUUAAGCCGCUAAUAGGGUUGCUUCGCAAGACGAAAAAACCGCUAGACGAAGACUCUCGUGGAACGGAUUAAUUUCGUCUUGCGAGGCACCACUGUAAUAUGUCCAGGAUCUGACUCUUACCCAUUCCCCCGCAUUAUGCAAAUUCCUUGCUUAUAAAGUGCCAGGAGAUCUUCGCUUCCUUCAGCAGGACGAAGACGGUCACUUUAAGCUCCUCCAUGCAGCAGCUGGAUGUCCGAUGGGGGGGGGCAGAAGAGAUUUUCUAGCCUAGCUUCAUCCUCAUUCAUUGUCGUAUGUAGUUAUGUCAGUGCCCCCCAGCCCCCCACACUCUGAAGUACUUUACAUAACAAUCACCCCUUUCUGUUGAUUCUUCACAGGUCGUCUAGGCCAAAUUGGACUGAGAGAAGGAUUUUUUUCUGCGGUCGAAAAUAUCAGUUCCGUUAUUGGGGUCUUUCUCCAGCAUGCCAAAGAGAAAGGUAACAACCAAUCUGCCCUGUACUGUAAUGCGGUGAAGCAUCUGACAGCUAUUGCCCUGUGCUAAGGAGACGCCCAGGAACAUUCGUGGGCGUUCUGCUUAUUUAGACCAUUUCUAUACUGCUUCCUAGGGACGCGGGUGGCGCUGUGGGUUAAACCACAGAGCCUAGGACUUGCCGAUCAGAAGGUCAGCGGUUCGAAUCCCCGCGAUGGGGUGAGCUCCCGUUGCUCAGUCCCUGCUCCUGCCAACCUAGCAGUUCAAAAGCACGUCAAAGUGCAAGUAGAUAAAUAGGUACCGCUCUGGCGGGAAGGUAAACGGCGUUUCCGUGUGCUGCUGUGGUUCGCCAGAAGCGGCUUAGUCAUGCUGACCACAUGACCUGGAAGCUGUACGCCGGCUCCCUCGGCCAGUAAAGCGAGAUGAGCGCCGCAACCCCAGAGUCGGUCACAACUGGACCUAAUGGUCAGGGGUCCCUUUACCUUUACCUUUAUACUGCUUCCUAUAUAAAAAUAAUAAUCUCUCUAGAGGCAGUGAAGCCCAGCUUCGGUGUGAGGGGAAAUUGAAAAGCGAGUUUGACCUGGGAAACGCAAAUGCUUAAGAGACCAGGAUGCCAGAAGGAAGUGCCAUAUUCCGCUGAGUUGACUGUGUUCCUUUCGCAACCCUGAAUGGCUUUUGGUCAAGGGCAUUAUUAAUGGUUCUCUUUCCCAUCUUUGCAGAUGUGGCCUGGGGCGUCCAGUUGGCAGCGGCAUAUGCACUUUGCGAGUUGGGUCCUAGCAAUCCACCUAAAGUCUUGGAGGCCAUCCAAGCUUGGGAAGCAGUCAAUGCGAAGAGCCUUCCUCCUGCUGUCACGAGCGGCAUAGCAGAAGUCCGCAGUCUACUGAAGUGUGCUGGGAGAACCGAAGGCUGCUCAUAAAGUUCCUGGAGGACGGCUUUUUUUACCAUAAAGGAAAAUGUGGCAAUGCCAUCUGAAAUAACCUCCUUCAGAUGCGAAGAGUCAUGAACCUCCCUCCUUGGAGGCUGGCAGAAAACAUAAACUCUUGUUGAGAUGUCGUGAGGACAUCUUUGUUCAAUGUAGCCUGAAGUACUUUGUGUGGCAGUAGAAACAAUAAGCUAUUGAGCAUUGCCUUAAAUGCCACAAGAAGACAAUAGAUUGUCUUACUAGCUCUUUAAAUCGGGGCAGGGAGGGGGGAAUGUUCAUCUAUGCAAAUAGAAGUGUUCUCUUGCAAACGGUCUUGCAGGAAGUGAAUUCCCGAGACUACAAAGUCUCUUUUUAGUUACGCCAAAUGUUCUCCAAACAACUUUCACUGGAAAUGUGGAUGAAACGAACUUUUAAAAAAAACAUUUGUUUUGCUUCUUUGUUCACUAGUCUCUGCAAAGCUUAAGGCACUUUUAAAGAAGGAUUCCUUCUCAUGAUGUGAAGCCUGCAUCUGUAAACAGGUUUUGUAGAUUUGAGGUAUUGUUUCUAAAUCAAGUGCGUCUUUUUGACCAGAGAUGACAGUGGAGCAAAACAAAUAAAUUCACAUAAUGAGAAGUGAUAACUCUCUGGCCACUUUCAAAACUGAUUUGUCUACUCCCUAAAUUUGUCAAUUUGCCUCAAAAGGAAAAGAGAAUAUUUUCGAUCAAAUCAUGUCCUUUAUUCAUGCUAGUAGGCUUUUCAAUUUUAAUGAAUUUAACUGAAGCGUGGUUUGAGUUCUGUACACAAUAUCUACAGUAUAUAGAAAAAUGAGAUGCUUUCUCUGUGAGAAUGUGUAUAUAUGGUAUAUUCAUAUAAUGUGUUUCACAUUUCAUGUUGUUCCGCUUUGGGAAUUUUACUACAUAUAUAUAGAAACUGGAGUUUAAAAUAAUAAUUAAAAACCUUGAAAUUGUAUAAACAUCUAAUGUAGUUUCACUUGUUUUCAGAUUAUUUUUUACAUGUCUGUAUAAUUUUUUUCUAAUAAAUAUUAUUUGUACAUUU